UUAAAUAAAUAAAUAAAAGAGAGAAAACGGGGCUAGCGUCGCGGUGCUUUUGAAAGACAGCUGCUAAUACUAGCUUAUCUGCAGCAUCACCUGUUGGGAUGCAGGGAGCGUCAACGAUGUAACGGACAUCUCAUUUUAAACGGUCAAAUAAAACCUGCCCGGUCUUCUUCUGUCUGCGGUUACAGGGUCGCUGUGUUUCCCGGUAAUAACAGUAUAACAUCUGCAUUUGGGCCAGCACUUUGAUUGGAGUCAUCCUGCAGGCCUGACGCAUCCCCCACUUCCCCUUUCCCUUGUGGUGAGAAGGCAUCGAGACGAUGUUUUACGCACACUUUGUCCUCAGCAAACGUGGGCCGCUGGCUAAAAUCUGGCUGGCGGCCCACUGGGACAAGAAGCUGACCAAGGCACAUGUUUUUGAGUGCAAUUUGGAGAGCAGCGUGGAGAGCAUCAUCUCACCCAAGGUAAAAAUGGCUUUACGGACUUCAGGGCAUCUGCUGCUGGGGGUGGUGCGAAUCUACCAUAGGAAGGCCAAAUACCUGCUGGCAGACUGUAAUGAGGCCUUCAUCAAGAUCAAGAUGGCAUUUAGACCAGGUGUGGUGGAUCUUCCAGAGGAGAACAGAGAAGCAGCGUACAACGCUAUCACUCUGCCCGAGGAGUUUCAUGAUUUUGACCAGCCACUGCCAGACUUAGAUGACAUUGAUGUAGCUCAGCAGUUCAACUUGAACCAGAGCAGAGUGGAGGAGAUCACCAUGAGAGAGGAGGUGGGCAACCUCAACCUGCUGCAGGACAAUGAUUUCGCCGACUUUGGGAUGGAUGACCGGGAAAUGAUGCGAGAGGAGAGCGCGUUUGAGGUAGACAUUAUGGGAGCAUCAGCUUCGAACUUGCUACUGGAGGCUGAGGGUGGUGCUAACCAGAUGGCCGAUAAGUCCAACCAUUUGGAAUAUGAUGACCAGUACAAGGAUGACUUUGGAGACAACCCCAUGGAGAGCAAUGAGGGAGGAAUGCUGGUGGACAAGCUGCUGAGUAACGAGGAUGGAGGCGGCAUCUUUGACGACCCUCCUGCCAUCACAGAGAGUGUGAUGAUGCCUCAGGACCAUGGAGACGAUGACGAUGACUUUGAUGCUCUCUCAGCGGGAGCCCCAGAUAGUCCGGACUCAGGCCCAACAGAGCCCCUACCAGCUAUGACUGACCAGGCAGAGCAAACUGCUCUGGUCCACAACGAGGAAGAAACCUUCGCCCUGGAGCCCAUCGACAUCACAGUGAAGGAGACCAAGGCAAAGCGUAAGAGGAAGCUGAUUGUAGACAGCGUGAAGGAGUUGGAUAGUAAAACUAUUCGUGCACAGCUUUCUGAUUACUCCGACAUUGUCACAACCCUGGAUCUGGCUCCGCCCACAAAGAAACUGAUGAUGUGGAAGGAGACGGGAGGAGUUGAGAAGCUUUUCUCCCUUCCAGCUCAACCUCUAUGGAACGCCAGACUGCUCAAGAUGUUUACAAGAUGCCUGACACCAUUAGUCCCAGAUGAACUGAGGAAGAGGAGGAAAGGUGGAGAAGCCGACAGUCUGGAUGAGUUUCUCAAAGAUCUGGAGAACCCAGAAGUGCCAAGAGAGGAAACAACAGGCCACCAACAGAGAGACAUCAUGGACCAGACCAUCAUGGAAGAGGCCAGCGUGCUGCAGACUUCAGCUGUAGAGGGGAGCAGGACAACCCUGGAUGAGUCGGUCAUGCCACCUCCAUCCUCCCAACGAGGCCUGAAACGCAAGGCCCAGGACACAGAGCCAGCCCUCCCUAUGGGGGCCUUGGACCAACAGCAGCAGCAGCAACAGCAACAGCAGGGGUCCAGACCAUCUAAUGCACCCCAACAGCUCGAGGCAUCCACUGUGGAGGUACCCCCGGAGGAAACAAUCACCACCAACAUCAGCCAGCUGAUAGAACUGGACCUGCUCACCGACAAGGACAAGAAGAAGAAUGAUGAUGACUCUGAUGAAGAGGAGGAGGAGGCGCAGGGAGGAGACCAGGACCAGGAGGAGAGGAGGUGGAAUAAAAGAACCCAGCAAAUGCUUCAUGGUCUCCAGAGGGUGAUGGCUAAAACCGGUGCCCAGUCGGUCAGCCUGCUGGAUCUGUGCAGGAACAACAACAGGAAGCAGGCAGCUGCCAAGUUCUACAGCUUUCUGGUCUUGAAGAAGCAGCAGGCAGUGGAGCUUGUCCAGGAGGAGCCUUACAGUGAUAUCAUCGCUACGCCGGGUCCUCGCUUCCACAUCGUCUAAAAAAACCCAUUCCUUUUAAUCUUUUAAAGAAAAAAAACUGCUCGGAGGUCAGUACUUUUAGUCAGCAGCACUAUCUGUUAGUUUAACACAAGUCUUAUUUAAGUAUGCUGAGAUUGUUUUGUUUGUGAAAUGGUUUCAUUUUUGCAUCAUUUAGAUGUGAAGCAGUGGUGGUUCAGUGGAAGUGGGUCUGACUAACGUAGUUGGAACUCAAACAAUGAACAUAUUUAUUAUUUACUCACUUUAUAUCCCAAUCACUGUAAAGGAUCACCUGCAUCUCAUUGUUUGCUGCCGUCUCACCAAAGUGAAGGAGUCCAGUGUAAUGAUUUGUUUACAGUCAGUCAAACAUGUUACUUCCAUUUUUCUCACUACUGCAGGUGAAGGUUUACUUCUGAAGUCUCUCACCAUCAUAUUAGGAAGAAGGAGCAUGCACUGUUUCCAAGAGUACAUUUAAACAGUUAUUAUAGUAGUUCUCUACAGACUCAACCAGCAGCUAAUCAUUAUACAGCUGUAGAGUAGCACUUUAAGUAUUACAGACUCUAAGUUGUUGUUGCUGUUGCUGUCAGUAAAAAAAAAAAAAAUAGACAUGACCCAAAUCCACACAACAUACUAAUUUCUAAGCAGGAUUCGAGGAUUGUGCAAACUUAAAAAUAGUGAUGGCUAUCAGCCUCCUGACACAAAUCCUUUGGGAGGAUUUGUGUCAGGAGGGUCAUGACGGAAACAUUAAAAGUGAGCAUAAUUUAUGCACCGUUAAUUUAUGGCUGCUCUCUUACUCAAGGUGUGUUCUUACCGGCAUUGGGAAAGACAGUAAAAGUGACAAAACAGUGAUUAAACUUCAUUGUUUAUUGUCAAAGGUCUAUUUAAACAAUUUAAAUUGUGUUAAUUUUCAGUAAAUUUCACCAAAAUUCUAACUUUUUUUUAGUAAAGAAAUCUGUGGCAUCAAUUUGAAAAUCUUAUAUCGCCUUUUUCUCAUGUUCACGCUGUCUGAGGCCCGCCUGCCUGACCAGGGGAUAACAAAACCCCAUCAACCUUCGGGUUAAGGGGUAAAAUCACCUUUUUUUUUUU